UCCCCUUAUCAAGAGAUGGCACGCUAUUCUCAGCCAUAUACAGAUAAUAGGGCACGAGAGAGUUCUGACUCAGAAGAUGAGGAUAAGAAGACAUACUCGAGGCGCACCUCAACUCAUUCCUCCUCUUACAGAGACCUAAGGACAUCGUCAUCCUAUUCUAAAUCUGAUCGGGACUGCAAAACUGAGUCCUCUUACUUAGAGAUGGAGAAAAAAGGGAAGAAUUCUUCAAAACUAGACAGAGAAUCCAAAAGGACUUCAGAAAGUGAAGCAAUGAAAAGAUGUUGUUCUCCCCAUAAUGAACUGGGAUUCGGACGGGGCUUAUCAUAUUCCAAGCAUGAGAAUAGUGCUUCCCAUUACAAAUCUGCCAGUUCAAAACCAAUACCCAAAUCUGAUAAAUUUAAAAAUACUUUGUGUUGUACAGAAUUAAAUGAGGAAAUAAAACACUCUCAUUCUUUUAGCUUACAGACUCCUUGUUCAACAGGUAGUGAAUUAAGAAUAAGGAAAAUUCCUGAAAGAGAAAAAACUGGGUCUGCAUCGCCUUUAAAUCAAUUAAAUGAUUCACCUACUUUAAAAAAGCUAGAUGAGUCACCUAUUUUAAAGUCUGAAUUUAUAGAACAUGAUAGCCAUGAUAAUAUUAAGGAAUUCAACCCUUCAUCUAAAAUGAAGAAUGAUGAACUAAGAAGUUAUUGUCCCAUAGAAUUAAAUAUAAAUGGAUCUCCUGGGGCAGGAUCUGAUUUGGCAACAUUUUACACUUCUAAAACUGACACAGUUUUGAUGUCUUCUGAUGAUAGUGUCACUGGAUCUGCGGUAUCUUGUUUGGUCAAAGCAUGCAUGCUUUCAUCAAAUGGAUUUCAGAAUAUUAAUAGAUGUAAAGAAAAAGACUUGGAUGAUACUAGCAUGCAGCAUAAUAAAUCAGAAAGCCCAUUUAGAGAAACAGAACGUCUGGUGUCGUCACACCAAAAUAAACUCAUGUCUUUGCCAGUUAUGACUGUAGAUUAUUCAAAAACAAUAUUUAAGACAGUUGACACGAGAGUUUCUUGCUGUAAACCCAAAGAUUCAGAUACAUACUGUAUUUCAAGUGACAACAAUUCUCCUUUGUGUCAUUCUGAAACUGAAAAUACUGAACCUUCAGUUACAAAGAUUUCUGCAAAUAGCUUUAUGACUGUACAUUUGAAAUCAAAAGCAGUUACAUGUGAUAAUAGGAAUGUGACAGAUCACUCAAACUUCACAUGUGAAGAAUAUAAGCAGAGUGUCUUAGAAGAACAUAAUAAGAGUAGUGCUAGUUCAACUUGUGUUAAUCAUUUUGAUGAUUUAUGUCAACCUGUAGGGAGUUCAGGUAUUGCUUCAUCUCUUCAGAGCCUUCCACCAGCUAAAGUGGACAGUUUAAAUCUCUUGCAGUGUGGAGAGAGCAUAUCUCCAGUUCAGGAUCCUAUUUUGAAGAGUAAAAGCACAGCAUUUUUAAAGCAUGGAGAGAAAGAAACAGUAGUAGAAGUAGGUAGUGGCCUUCCUGAUUCAGGAAGGGGAUUUGCUUCCUGGGAAAACAGGCAUAAGAGUGGGCUAUCUGGAAAAUGUGUGAAAGGGCCUCAAGAAGGGAGUUCCAGAGUGCCUGAUAAAAGAGGAAGAUCAGAAAUGUCUUUAGAUGAAGAAGAAGGAAGAGGACAUACACAUACUUCUGAUGAUUCUGAAGUUGAAUUUUCUUCUUGUGAUUUGAAUUUAACCAUGGAAGACCAUGAUGGUGUAACAUAUACCUUAAAAUGUGACAGUAGUAGUCAUGCCUCAGAGAUUAUUUCUACUGUCCAUGAAGAUUAUUCUGGUUCUUCUGAAAGUUCAGGUGAUGAAAGUGAUUCAGAAGACACAGAUUCUGAUGAUAGCAGUGUUCCAAGAGACUAUAUUCAAUCUGUUUUGGUUGUGCCAAAGAAUUCUACUUUGCCUAUGGAAGAAACAAAUCCUUGUUCAUCUCAGAGCAGUCAAAGUUAUAGACACUAUUCUGACCACUGGGAAGAUGAGAGAUUAGAGUCAAGGAGACAUUCAUAUAAGGAAAAAUUUGAGAGUAUAGCCAGUUAAGCCUGUCCUCAAACUGAGAAGUUCUUCUUUCAUAAAGGAACAGAGAAGAAUCCAGAAAUUUCUUUUACACAGCGCAGAAGAAAACACAUAGAUAACCACUUACCUGAAAUUGCUCAUCCUCAGAGUGAUGGAGUUGAUGGUACGAGUUAUGCAGAUGUGAAAUCUGAUCUUCCAGGUCAUCCAAAUUCUGAGGAAACAAUGGAAGCCAACAUGCUUUCUAGGCAACAAGGAGAGCUGCCAGUUCAUUCUUCCGAUGAUUCUGAAGAUGUCCCAAACAAAUCUCAGCAUCAGACCAUGUUCCCUUAUAGGUCAGAUAGUAGACUGGGAAAAACAGAGUUGAGUUUUUCUUCGUCUUGUGAAAUCUCCUGAGUAGAUGGCUUCCAUUCAUCGGAAGAGCUCAGAAACCUGGGGUGGGACUUCUCUCAACAAGAAAAGCGUACUACCACAUAAAAACCUGACAGCAGUUAUGGAGCCUAUGGUGGGCAAAAGUAUGAGCCAAGUACAGACCAAUAUGAUGGGACUCAUAAUUCUUGGCAAGGCAAUGGCUACUGGGAUCCAAGAUCAGCAGGUAGACCACCUGGAACUGGGGUUAUAUAUGAUCGAAUUCAGGGUCAGGUACCUGAUUCCUUAACAGAUGAUCAUGAAGAGGAAGAGAAUUGGGAUCAACGAGGAGCUCACUUUUCAAGCCAGUCCAGUAAAUUUUUCCUAUCCCUUCAGAAGGAUAAGGGGUCAGUGCAAGCACCUGAAAUAAGCAGCAAUUCUAUUAAGGACUCUUUAGCUGUGAAUGAAAAGAAAGAUCUUUCAAGAAACUUAGAAAAAAAUGAUAUGAAAGAUAGAGGGCCUCUUAAAAAAAGGAGGCAGGGAUUGGAGAGUGAUUCUGAAAUUGAUGGUGAGCUUCAGGACAGAAGGAAAGAAAGAGUGGAGUUAGAGCAGGGAGAGACAGCAGUAACCCCAGGCACAACACUGGUUGGUCCUUCCUAUGUCAUGGAGGACUUCAGGGACCCACAGCAGUGGAAGGAAUGUGCCAAGCAUGGGAAGGUGCCUUGUCACUUUGAUCUGAUUGAAAAAAAUGUUUAUUUAACAGAAAGAAAGAAGAAUAAAUUUCAUCGAGAUAUUAAGCGAAUGCAGUGUGAGUGUACACCUCUUUCUAAAGACGAAAGAGCUCAAGGUGAAAUAGCAGGUGGGGAAGAUUGUCUUAGUCACCUCCUCAUGAUUGAAUGUUCUUCUCAGUAUCCAAAUGGAUAUUAUUGUUCCAAUAGUUGGUUCCAGAGAAAACAGCAUGCCGAUGUGAAAGUCAUCCUCACAGAAAAGAAAGGCUGGGGCUUGAGAGCUGCCAACGACCUUCCUUCGAACACCUUUGUCCUGGAAUAUUAUGGUGAGGUGCUUGAUUGUAAAGAGUUUAAAGCCUGGGUAAAUGAGUGUGCACGAAACAAAAUCAUCCACUACUAUUUCAUGGCCCUGAAGAAUGAUGAGAUAAUAGAUGAUGCUCAGAAAGGAAAUUGCUCUCGGUUCAUGAACCACAGCUGUGAACCGAACUGUGAGGCUCAAAAAUGGAUUGUGAAUGGACAACUGAAGGUUGCGGUUUUUACCACCAAACUCGUUCCGUCAGGCUCAGUGUUAACAUUUGACUAUCAGUUCCAAAGACAUGGAAAAGAAGCUCAGAAAUGUUUUUGUGGGUCAGUUAAUUGUUGGGUUUACCUGGGAGGAGAGAACAGAGUCAGGAUCAGAGCAGUAGGAGGAAAAAUGAUGAAGGGACGAUCUCGUAAGAAGGAUUCAGGGGAUGCAGAGCUGGAACUGAUGGACAGUGGGGAAGGCCUGUCUGAUAAAAACCAGUUGCUCAGCUUAUCCCUGCUAAUGGUUAGAAUUGAAACUUUGGAGCAGAAACUUACCUGUCUCAAGCUCAUACAGAACACACACUCACAGUCUUGUCUGAAGUCUUUUCUGGAACAUUAUGGGCUGUCUUUGUUGUGGAUCUGGAUGGCAGAACUAGGCGAUGGCCAGGAAAGCAACCAGAAGCUUCAAGAAGAGAUUGUAAAGACUUUGGAACACUUACCCAUUCCUACAAAAAAUAUGCUGGAGGAAAGGAAAGUACUUCCAAUUAUUCAACGUUGGUCUCAGACCAAGACUGCCAUGACUCAGUUGAGUGAAGGAGAUGGGUAUUCUAGUGAGAAUACAUCACGUCCUCAUACAGCACUCAGCACACCCGAUCCUUCCACCAAGCUGAGCACAGAGGCUGACACAGACACCCCCAAGAAGCUCAUGUUUCGUAGACUUAAAAUUGUUAGUGAAGAUGGCAUGGACAGUGCAAUCUCUGAUGCUACCACUGAGCUAGAAGUCAAGGAUGGUAAACAAGACCUUGACCACUUAGAAAACAUCCCUGUGGAAGAAAAGGAAGAGUUAUAGUCACAACAGCUACUUACACAGCAACUGCCUGAAUGUAAAGUUGACAGUGAAAUCACUGUGGAGGCCAGUAAGCUACCCACAUCUGAACCAGAGGCUGACACUGAAAUAGAGCCUAAAGAGAGCAAUGGCACAAAACUAAAAGAACCUAUUGCUGAGGAAACACCAUCCCAAGAUGAAGAGGAGGGUGUAUCUUGUGUGGAAAGUGAGAAGAGCCAGGAACAGCCAGAUCAAACCGUAGAUAUAAGUGAUUUGGCCACCAAGCUCCUGGACAGUUGGAAAGAAGUUGGAAUUCCAAAGAAAAGUCAAACUGAAAAGGAGAAUACAAUAACUGAAAAAGGAAGGGAUGCUGUUGGGUUCCGAGAUGAAACUGCCCCAAAGUCUCCUAACAGGUCAAGAGAGAGAGACCCAGAGAAGCAAACUCAGAAUAAAGAGAAAAGGAAACGAAGGGGCUCCCUCUCACCACCUUCUGCCUAUGAGCAGGGAACAAAAAGGCCAGAUGACAGAUAUGACACACAAAUAUCUAAAAAGAAAGUACAAACUAAAGACUGCAAUAAACUUUCUACGAAAUUGUUUGAGCAAGAGGUGGCUCAGCAGGAGUCUCAGAAACAACAGCAGCAGAUGCAGAACCUGGGAAUGACAUCUCCAUUGCCCUAUGACUCUCUUGGCUACAAUGCCCCUCAUCAUCCCUUUGCUGGCUACCCACCAGGGUAUCCCAUGCAGGCCUAUGUGGAUCCCAGCAACCCUAAUGCUGGAAAGGUGCUCCUCCCCACACCUAGCAUGGACCCUGUGUGUUCUCCUGCUCCUUAUGAUCAUUCUCAGCUCUUAGUAGGACAUUCUGCAGAAUCCCUUGCUGCCCCUCCAGCUGUGCCAGUGGUGUCACAUGUGACAGCCUCCGUGGAAGUUUCCAGUUCACAGUAUGUGGGCCAGAGUGAUGGUGUGGUACACCAAGACUCCAGCAUUGCCAUCUUGCCAGUGCCAGCCCCAGGCCCAGUCCAGGGACACAAUUACAGUGUUUGGGAUUCAAACCAACAGUCUGUCAGUGUACAACAGCAGUACUCUCCUGCACAGUCUCAAGCAACCAUAUAUUAUCAAGGACAGACCUGUCCAACUGUCUGUGGUGUGACAUCACCCUAUUCACAGACAACUCCACCAAUUGUACAGAGUUAUGCCCAGCCAAGUCUUCAAUACAUCCAGGGACAACAGAUGUUCACAGCUCACCCACAAGGAGUAAUGGUACAGCCAAUGGCGGCCGUGUCUACGAUAGUUGCACCAGGGCAGCCUCAGCCCUUCCAGCCACUGGAGAUGGUUGUGACAAAUAAUCUUCUAGAUAUGCCACCCCCAUCUCCUCCCAAACCAAAAACCACUGUCUUGCCCCCCAACUGGAAGACAGCCCGAGAUCCAGAAGGGAAGAUUUAUUACUAUCCUGUGAUCACAAGGCAGACUCAGUGGGAUCCUCCUACUUGGGAAAGCCCAGGAGGUGAUACCAGUCUUGAGCAAGGAGCUGAGAUGGACCUGGGAACUCCAACAUAUGAUGAAAACCCUAUGAGGACCUUAAAAAAGCCUAAGACAGCAGAAGCAGACACUUCCAGUGAGCUGGUUAAGAAAAGCAAAGAAGUAUUCAGAAAAGAGAUGUCCCAGUUCAUCGUCCAGUGCCUGAACCCUUAUUGGAAACCUGACUGCAAAGUGGGAAGAAUUACCACAACCGAAGACCUCAGACACCUCGCUCGAAAGCUGACUCCCGGCGUUAUGAAUAAGGAGCUGAAGUACUGUAGGAACCCAGAGGACCUGGAGUGCAAUGAGGAUGUGACACUCAAAACCAAGGAGUACAUUAAGAAGUAUAUGCAGAAGUUUGGGGCUGUUUACAAACCCUAAGAGGCCACUGACUUAGAGUGACUUACGGGACCAGGAUGGGAGGACGGGGGAACAAGGGGGACACACUCUGGGGAGAAGUCCUGUGGGUCCUCUCUGCCCCACCCCACUGUCAGGACUGUGCUGCUGAUGACACAUCACCCUGGGGAAUUCAAACCUGCAGAUUUCAACUGAAAGCCACAAAAAUGAGCUCCAUCUACAACAAGUGAUCCCUGGUCAUGAGCUGUUGGGGUAUGGUUGUUAGAGGCCAGCAGAGGCGAGGGCUUAUGGGAGACCCUUUUCUCUAAGACCUGGGCCAGGCCUGACCCCACUCUCAAACCUGGGUCUCCUUGGUGGUGCUGUC